CCUUGUGCUCUGCUGCUAAGAGCUAGUAAGAGGGGCUGAGCUAAACUAGGCUUUGUUGGUUGAAUGGAACUCCUGCUUUUGCUGCUGCUUUUGAUAGACACAAUGCUGCCUGUGCCAAGCCUUCAAAGCAGGCUCCGUCCAUCUGUCCCAGAGGAGUUCACUGCACCCUUGGAGCUUCAGCAGCAGCACUUUGGCUUGGUGGAUGAUUAUGGCAUUAAACCAAGGCAUCCCAAGUUCCGGACACGAGCACCUCGUAAGGAAUCGGAAAAACUGCACAUUGCUCACAAGAGCAAGCGGGAUGAGCCAGAUUUGGAAGAGUAUUAUUAUGACAACGUCUUUUGACCCACCUUGGGAACUGGAGACAUCAACACCAUUUCUGAAGUGUCCUUAUACCAGCUGUUCUACAAAGACAGGAAGUAACCAAGUCGGGGGGUGAGGGAACCUACAUAGGAAUGUAGGCAAUAACUGGGAUCGUCCCCCUGCUUUGCUCUCACACUUCCAUGCCUUUUUCUUGCUUUUGUGGAGAAUCAGUUACGCAGCUCUGUUAUGCUUUCUGCAUCUGUACUAUAGGUUUGGUACUUGGCACUGAAUUGGGUACCCUGAGAAUCUUGGCUUUCUUUGCAUGCUUUUAAUUCUUGUGGGUGCUGAGUGGAGUUUGCAAGCAUUUGGCUACUGUCUAAAGAUGGGCUUCGGAUGCAAAUAUUAUUUUUUGUUGUUGUUGUUGUGUAGCAAACAGGAAUAUUGUACCCAGCUCUCUGAUCAUGACUUUUCUGCCUAUGAAAUCAGUUUUCUUUCUCCACUGCCCAUUACUCUGUACUUCACUCCCACCUGACACUAUAAUUCCAAAUUGUAAGAAAAGCUCACUGAGCAGCAAUGCUAAUACAUGCAGUCCAGUAUAUAUUUUGAAGAGUUUGUGUGAAUUAAAGUCAGACUUCCCGAUGA